AUGGUGUCCCUCAUCCUCGCGCCAGUAAUAGCUGUCUUGACUCUUUCGAGUCUCCGGACAACCGCUGCCUUGAGAAGCAUCGCUCCGGCCCGUAUUUCUGACAAGGGAGGAAAAGCGGUUCUGCCGGUUUGCAGCGCUGUCGAGCCGGGGUCACUUCACAUCGGAGAUUCCUGUUUGUCAGAAUGCGGCGGUGCAUGCCGUGGUGACGCAGCUCGCCCGGGAUUUCGAUUGAUCUCCGACAAUGAGCAAGUAGAUUUCUCCCAAGGCUGCACCGGAAACGACAUCAGAAAAAUAUGCUCCAUUGGCGUAUCAAAUCCCGGUGGUUACCCUUUGUGUGAAGAUCUGGAAACGGAGGCAUGCGGACACGGCUGCAGUUGUUGGAGUACCUGUACGGAUCACAACUGCAACCCUGAUGCUCUCUCCGCUGGAUUUUUCUUCGUCUCCGAACCGACGACCAUCACACCUAGCGGCUGUCUAAUAGAUCUCCACCGGCACCUUUGUAGAGCAGGCACAUCCGGAGCAAAUAGCGACUUUUGGAUCGCCGUUCUUAUUUUUUUACUUGUAGUCGCCGCGGGGGGUGCACUGUAUUAUUACUAUAGAUGA